AAUUUAAUUUUGUUGGAAAAUCUCCUAAAUGGAAAAGUUUUUUUUUGAUCAACAUCAUUUUUCUUGUCUGUUUCCCCAUACGUUUUCAAUAUAAAGUUACUCUACAAUUAACUCCUCCCAAUCUAUGUUAUUACAAUCAACUUAGCAUCAUCAUCAUCAUCGUCAUCCAUAGUUAUUCCUGCAGAUUCAAUCAUGAAACAGGUUCUCACUCACUUUCUCUCUCUCUCCCUCAUUGCCAUCAUAAUUAGCAGCCAUCGAACAUUUUUUUUAAUGAUUCUCAUGAAAAUUAACUUUUAGCUCCAUGUUUAUUAUUAGCAUGAUCGCCAUUGGACUUACCUGGUAAACCAGAUUCCAGAUUCUAUCCACUCUCCCCUUCCCACCUUAGCCUAAAGAUUCAGGUUCUGACCAGUGAAUAUCCCCGCCUCAUCAUCAUCAUCAUCACCAUUAUCAACAACAUCAACUUCAUCUUCAUCAUCAUCAUCUUGUUGAUAAUUUUAAUUUUAGUUGAAAGUUUUCCCAUCUUACGAGGAGUUAAAUAAAUUGUUACUUCUUGUCUCUGAACUAAUUAACUAAUCAAGUGUCUCUUUGUGCUAGAUUUUAAUGUUAUUGUUGAAAAAAGUUGAUCAUAAUCAAUUUGGUAUCUACAAUCAAGGCGUUCGUUUGAAACCCUUGACAAUUUAGGUUUAAAUUGUUUGUUGAAAGUUAAAUGUUUAUAUUGAUUUAGUUUCUUUUUGUUUACUUUCAAUCAAGUUAAUUCACUUUUGUUUUACCAAUCAUAAAAUGGAUCCAAUUAAUAAAUCAAUGAUUAUUGAUAAUCAUAUGAAUAGUAAGUUAAAUCAUAAUAAUAAUUGUAAUUUCAAAGUUGAUCAAAUGAUUUGUAUGAAAGGAUAUCCUGUUAAUGGUGAAACAAUUGCCGGUAAUCAAGAUGAUGAUACUAAUUGUGAUACAACAAUCAAUUAUCAACCAGAUGAAAGUGAUAAACUGAAACUAUCUAAAUCAGUUCGUGAGACUAUUUUUGAUGAUGUUGGUCAUUAUUUUAAUCAAUUAUCGAAUUACUUGAAAUCGUCAAAUUUAAAAGUUAAUCAUAAAGAAUCUGAAUCAUCCUUAAUCGCCCUUCAAAUUGGAUUUAAUCAAAUCCUGAUGACAUCCUCUCGCUAUGAAUAUAAACACUUGCCCGCCAAUGGUUUUGUAACUUACUGUGUUCUGAUACGUUCCUGGUUAAUUAGAUGUUGCGAAAAGUUAAAUUGUAACAAUCAAGCCGAUCAAUCCGCUCAGAAAUCAUUUCUUAAUGAUAUACAAAUUGUGAUAAAAGGUUUCCUUUUGAUUAAGGAAAUGUUGAUGCAUUUCCAUCAGACUCAAUUAGAGGCACAUCAAGUGUCCAAAAGUGCUGAUGAGAUUAAUGAAAAUGUCGAUGAUGAUAAUGCUGAUAGCGAUGACAAUGAAUUAGAUUUACCGUUAUUUUCGGCUACAAUUGAUGAGACAGUUUAUCAGCUUGAUAAGUGUUUACAAUCAACUGAUUUCCAAGAAGCAUUGGCAAGAUCGUUCAGUAUGUUCUGGUUAUCGCCUCGAACUAAAAUGUUGUUUCAGUUGUACCAGAAGGGGAUUUCUUGGACCUACGCUAAUUUCAUUAAAUCGUGGCGAGUUCUGGCCAGUAAACGCUAUCGAUGUAAAACUUUUGUUAAACUUGCCAAUCGGGCGAACAUGGGGUUCCCCGUUGAUGUGGCCGCAGUUAUCGAUGGUCAUUUGACUAGAAAAGUUUGUCGAAAUCUACUCUAUCGUAAUAAAGACGCAAUCGGUUCUAACUUUUGGGUCAAUCGACAAGGCCGAUGGUUUGUUCCACCCAUUGGUCCAGGGAUAGUUGAGGAAAACCCGAUCAUCAAUGGUCGACCCCAAAUCCGAUGUCGAUUCAUUAAACAUCGAUGUAAACCAAUUCGAACUGAAGUUUUGAUCUUCCAUUGUCACGGCAGUGGUUUCAUACUUUCCAGGCCUGAUGUUCAUGAUGCUUAUUUGAAACCUUGGGUCGCUCAGCUUGAUGGUGUUUCCAUUCUGAGUGUUGAUUACAGUUUAAUGGCCAAGUAUCCUGAGCAAUUCCAGGAUGUUCUUGAUGCUUACCUGUGGGUUACCUCAGGGGAUGAAUCUGUGGUGGAAAAGAUUGGUUUCCAUCCAAAGAAAAUAAUUCUCAUCGGUGAUUCAGCUGGUUCCAUGUUGGCAAUGUCAAUACCUUUACUUUUACAUGAGAUUAGAAAAAAAUCUCAAUCAAAUGAGAACAACAAUAGAAAUCAUCUCAACAAUAAUAACAUAGAAACACCAUCAACACCGAUUAACAUGCCCUUUGCAUUUAUAUCUUUCUAUGGGACUUUUCAACUGACCGGUGCUUGGUCAAGCUCCAGAAUAAUGACAAUUUUUGACCCACUUCUUCAUUAUGGUAAUAUACUUGCGAUUGCUGGAUGUCUUAGUGGUAUUCAAGGUCGAAUUGAUGAACCAAAAGAUAUUCCCAAAAAUCGAUUGGCCAAAGUAUCUUCGUACAUUGCUGAAGAUAUAAGAUUAGUCAAGCGAAGUUUUUUACCUCGCAAGGUUCACCCAUGGUACAUUGAUAACGGUCGAAUAGCUGGUGAUCAGUUUCAAUCACUAUUCAAACGAUUGCAAUCACCUUAUCUUAAUUGUCCGACAUUUGAUUCGUACGAGGCUUUGAAAGAGAUGUCAUUAUGUUUGAUUACUUCAUUUGGAUGUAUCUUCCUUGAUGAUAAUAUUGCACUUGCACGAUCUUGGAAAGGACCAUGUGAAGUUCAUGUUCUUGAGGGACAAAUCCAUGGAUUUUUAUUCAUGCGACAUGAAAAAGCAGCGAUUCAAUUUGCCAAUGAAAAAGUUAUACAAUUUGUCAAUAAAUUGAUCAAAUCGGAAUCCACACUUAACUCUGAUCAAUAAGAGAAAUUUUUAAAUUUCUUAAUUAUGUUCUCUGUGAGAAUGAUCUUAAUGUAUAUUAUGCUAAGAUUUUUAUAUUAUUAAAUGUUACAUUGUAUUUUCUUUAACUCAUUGAAAAAAUUC